CCCGUGAAAAGUACAUUUAAACAGAACCGUGUGGUGCAGAGAGACGCAGGAGCGAGGAGAGGAGACGCGCACACGCUUCAAGCACAACAACAACAACAACACCUGAUACUCUCUCAUCAGGGAUCAAUCGGCUUUCCUGUUUUUUGUCACUUUGGGGGCCCUUUUUUUUGGUGAAAGAUUUUUCGGAGAUGUCUCACGUCCAACUAUCGAGCAGCGCGCUGGAGAGGCUGGUGGCCAGGAGGACCUUCCCUCUCCACAGACGCACCAGCGUUUGCCGCAACCUCUUCGGACCUGUGGAUCACGAAGAGCUGAGCCGGGAGAUGAAAGCCAAGCUGCGGGAGAUUUCCGAGCGGGACCAGCAGAGAUGGAACUUUAAUUUCGAAGCCAACACUCCGCUGGAUGGGGAUUACAAGUGGGAAGAGGUGCCCGUGGAUCAAACCCCGGCGUUUUAUCAGGACUCUGUACAGAACGACAGGACCAGGGUGCCUGCGACGCCCGUCAAGCAGAAGCCCUCCUCGGACUCUGCUCUCCCAGAGACCCCUCGUUUGGAUGUACUGGAGCGCUUGGCCGUGCCCGAGAGCAGCAGCACUCCCUGUCCGGUGGAGGUCAACCAGGAGAACCGCACGGACAAACUCAACUCAGGGAAGCCGACUCACAGACAGGUCCCGUGUGUUAGACGCAAGAGGACGUCCACUGCUGACAACAACAACACACACAUCACAGACUUCUACGUGAAACGAAAGAAGGCUGCUGAUAGAAAAUCGAAUGAAAUGAGCGCUUGCCACCUUUCCAAGUCUCCAAUCCCGGUGGAGCAAACUCCCCGAAAGAGGAUCCGUUGAAGGUGGUUUUUGCACUAUUUUUUGCAUUUUUGUUUUGGAGGGGGGAAACUCUUCGUCCCCGCCACUUAAAGGAGACAGAAACGGGAGGACGGUGUGUGGGGGGACAAAGAAGUCCGAACGACCGGUCGGCUGCGGCUCGGUGCGCCCCGGCGGAGCGCAGCGGAGCAGAACAGCGGAGCAGACUCUCAGGACUGAACGGUUUGGGGAGGGAAGGGAGGAGAAUAUUCGCCGAAUGACUUCUAUCCAGUACAAAUGUAGCAUUCAUUGUUGCUUUUGCAUACAGCCACUCGACAGUGUUAAAUGUUUUAACAUCUGUGCAAUCCUAAAUUUCUUUAAAAGAAUUGUCUACACUGGCCAAAAGUGUACAGCUUUAUAGAGACAAUAGCUUAUAAAUGUUUAUUUCUGUUCUGUUUUUAUUUGUUUUUUUUUCUUCUGUAAAUGUAUAUUUUUAAGUCUAUUCUAACUUAUAAUUUAUUUAUGUUUCUUUAUAUUUGUUAAAUGCCUUGUUGAUUUAGCCAAAGGGCAUAUUUUUAUUUUAUUUUAUUAUUUACAUUUUUCUUGUUAUUUGUGAUGUUUUGCAAUCAUGUAGCUUCCCCGUUUAGCAGUCCACACUUGAAAAAAAAUAGAUUUCUUUGUGUCUCUGAGCCGUUAUUAUUUUUUUUGUGUGUGUGUUUUCAUACAAGUGCCCUAAAUAUGUCUUGCAAAAGAUGGGAAUAAAAAAUAUCUUUCACUUCAA